AUGUUGCACAGCGGCUGCACGGCGGAGGGCUCCUUGAACAACUCAAAAUUCAACGAUCCGAUGCCAUGGAUUGGCAUCUAUGUAGCAGCAGCAUCAUUAAUAUGCGCCGUAGCCAUGGCCAUGGAUGCCCUGCAUGGUUUCAGGUACAAGAAAUUCUGGUUUCCUUGCAAAUUCUUCACCCUCAAUGCCACGACUCUUACUGUUAUAGCAAUCGCCAUCAAGUUUUCUGUCGAUCUGAAUGCCGCCAUGCCCCGUCGCCAAGAUCAGCUAGCAAAAGUCAGCAGCUCGGCCUUCAUAUGUAUGGUGAUGGGUAACUUACUGCCUUCUUUAGGAAUCAUGGAAGAUACUGAACUCAUGAUGAACAUUAUAGCUUUGGGGAUUCUUGUCAUCACUGCCAUCACCAACAUCUGUAUACAAAUGGGUACCGGAGUUAUCUUUGAAUUUUGGAUAGAACAUGCUGUGAUCAUGCUUCUUAUGCUUAUUUUACUUGCGAUCUUGUGUUCUUUAUCAAUAGCCAUCCCAACUAAAAAGUAUUAUUUGGAUAUAACUUACGAAAAGAAAGCCAAAAAAGCCAAAAAAGUUUGUUUCACUCGAAGAAAUUUAUCAAUAUCCGAGAGGCUACCACAAGAUUUAGCCAAGUAUUGGAUGAUGGCAUAUACCUCUAGUCCGCAGUUUGUGAUAGGAAGAUCCGCACCAUGUUCAGCUUCAGGAGCUUUUUGUCUUUUCAACAUGCUCAUCUUAGUAGAAUCCCUACUCAGAACUCGCCUCAUGCCUUGGUCUUUUAGAUUUUGCAAUGGAGAUUCCGACUACAAAUGGUCGACUACCCUUGUGCUCAUCAGCCAAACAGUCGCAGUUGCAGUAGGCACAAUUUCACCAGCUUUUAGAUGGUUCAUGACUAUCAACUUCAGGUGUCCAAAAAAGGCAGAAAAGGCUUGUGUAAGUGAGUUUGUUGUGGAAAGGUAUUGGAUAAAGAGGCUGGUGAUGUGGCAGGUUCAGCCAUUGAAUUUCAGAAUCUGUAAUCGGCGUUUAAGAAAACAGCUUCAUGGUGCAAAAUUUCAAAUGUUCGGUUUGUGUAUACGUGGUCAAAAGGCUCUGGUUUUUUCAUGCAAGAUGAUCAGUGACUCGGAGAUUGAGUUCAGGCAUAAUGACAAUAUGGAUCUGAGUCAUUAUGUGAUUUAUCUUGAUGGAGAAGAAGGAUUGGUGGAUUUGAUGACGGAAAACAAUAGCGAUGCCACUGCUCACUGGAUCAGAAUGGGAGAGAAGCAGCAGCCAAGAAAUCUGAUAAAACUUUUAGAGCAGUCAAAAUGUUCGAGUCUCUUCAAAGGAGUACAAGAGUUCGAUAGUGAUAAAGUUCCAUCGUUGGGCUGUGGAGAACCUCCAAAUUGUUGGGCUCUCCCCAUUGUGACAUUGACAAGCAUCGCAAUUGCAAUCCCAAAUAUUGAUCAAGAACAAAUCGAGCAAUUAGUUUGUGGUGUAGAUGAAGGCCUCAAGUACGUCUGCAAGAUAGAAAAUUACAUGGACAACAAAACCGAACUGAAACAUGUCAGGAAAACAGCAGAAAUAGUCUGGGCGGAAGUUGAACUCUACAACAAGUGGUUAGACGUUGAUCUUUGUAAGCUUGCAAAUCAAGGAGGAACAGGGGGAGAAACCGAAACCGAAGUUAUCAAAUUACUUGCUGAUAUCGGAAAGGGAAAAUUCAUGGAAUUUGCGGAUAAAGGCAUGAUGUUUAUGAACGAGUGUUUAAAGGAGGUCCCAUCACGAUGGCCCAUGAAGGUGUUGGCAGCAAAUUCCAUGUAUAGAAUAUGUGAAACGCUGUUGUUGGAGAAACAUGAAACCAGUGAGAGACUAUUUGAGAAGAUAUCUCUCACGAUCUGUAAUAUUUUAACAGCCGCUUUGACUAAUCUGCAACAUGUUAUUAUCAGCAAAUGCCAUCAGAGUCCGAUUGAGGAAAGGGAGAAGAGUAUCAGAAGUGCAGUUCUCCUUUUCGGGAAAACGAAAAGGAUAUUAGAAGUUAUUGAUGGAAAAAGGCUUCAAGAUUCGGAUCAUGGAAAACUUAUACACAUCGAUGACUGGCAUCUAGUGAGCAAGCAGAUGGAUCCACUGUACUCGAUGUCUUCUUCUUCAACAGAUCAGGAUACAGCUGUCUCUAGUCCAUCUGAUCACAUGUAUAUAUUAGUUGAGUAA